AUGUCGGCUCCCGCAACAUUCUACGAGCAGCUCCCGCUGCCGACGGUUGACCGUCCCUUUGGCAUCCACCUAUGGCCCAUCUUCAGCAAGGCCUGGGAGGCUGUCGUCGGGUACCCAGCUGAGGAAUUCCGUUUCGUGCCUUUCGAGACGCCCAUGUCGACCCUCAAGUCGACGAGCAUCUUCAUUGUGGUCUACUAUGCAAUCAUCUUCGGUGGCCGCGAGAUGAUGCGCAAUCGCGAGCCUUUCCAGCUGAAGACCAUUUUCCUGAUUCACAACUUCUACCUCACCGCCAUCAGCUUCAUCCUUCUGGUCUUGUUCCUUGAACAGCUCAUCCCCACCCUGGUCCGCGACGGUGUCUUCUACGCUAUUUGCAACAAAGACGGCGGGUGGACACAGCCUCUUGUUGUUCUGUACUAUCUGAACUACCUGACCAAGUACCUUGAACUCCUCGACACCGUCUUCCUCUUCCUCAAGAAGAAGCCCUUGACCUUCCUCCACUGCUACCACCACGGUGCCACCGCUUUCCUUUGCUACACUCAGCUCAUUGGAUCUACCUCGGUCUCCUGGGUGCCCAUUGUGUUGAACCUGACUGUUCACGUUGUCAUGUACUGGUACUACUUCCAGAGUGCUCGUGGCAUCCGCAUCUGGUGGAAGGAGUGGGUCACUCGUCUCCAGAUUAUCCAGUUCAUCAUCGAUCUUGGCUUCGUCUAUUUCGCUUCGUACACCUACUUCACCUCGACCUACUGGCCUUGGAUGCCCAACGCUGGCGAGUGCGCGGGUGAGGAGUUCGCCGCUUUUGCCGGCAUUGGCACUCUCAGCUCCUACCUCGUCCUUUUCAUCUCAUUCUACGCUGCUACCUACAAGAAGAAAGACGGCAAGAAGGGCUCGACCACCCGCAAGUCUCUCCGCCGCUUGUCGCAGGCCCCUCUGCCGGACCCUCUGCACAUGGAGAGCGCCACCUCCAAGAAGGAGGGCAGCGGCUCAGCCACGACCACCGGCGCCAAGACCAAUGGUGUCACCACCCGCUCUCGCAAGGCAUAG